AUGGAAAGAAAGGCGUUUCUUGAUCAAAAGCCUCCUCCUGGAUAUAUUCCUGGAAUUGGAAGAGGAGCAACUGGUUUUGCCACAUCUGGUGGCUUUCGUGCUCCCAAUAGAGUACCCGUAACAUCAGCAAUUGAUGGCGUUAGUGAAACGGAUGCUGACCAAUUCAAAGAUGCCGAUAAACCAAAUGAGAUAUCAGUACAUUCCUAUGAUAAGGAAGAUUUGGAAGCUGAUAAAAUCUAUGAUGACCUAGAGAAAUACCUAGAAAAUAAGAAGACUAAGAGGCGAAAGUUGAUGACAGACGACAAGAAGGAUAAGAUUGAAGACAAAUUAGUUGCAAGAGAUGAAAGUUUGAGUUCUUCGAUUAAUGAAAUCUCUAAACAGUUUCAGGAAGUUAAGAAUGAGCUCGCUGCAGUUACGCCUGAACAAUGGGAAAACCUACCCGAAUCAGGAGAUUUUACUAGAAAGAAUAAAAGACUUAGGGAGGAGCUUCAACAAAACCAAAGGUUUUACAGGAAUUCAGACAUGAUAGCAUUGGGACUUAAGAAUGCGGGUGCUACUGACAGUGCUCUAGAUUACUCGAAUGUUGAAGUUGAUGAAAAUGUUCCUGACGACAAAGAUAAUGACGGCAAUGUCAACCUAUUGGAAAUAUCUAGAACAAAGGAGAAACUAUUAGAGAACCAACUUAGAAUUGGGAAUCAAAAAAAAAUUAAUGAAUUUGAUAAAAGUGCAUAUCUGGAAAAACUAGCCCCCUCGGCGAGUCAGUACAAUAUUGGAGACUACAAACGGACAAGGAAGUUGUUUGCUAAAUUAAGGGAAAAUAAUCCGACGAAUCCUCAAAACUGGAUAGCUAGUGCCAAGCUUGAAUUAGAUGCAAAUAAAAUAAAAAGGGCUAAAGAAAUUAUUCAGGAAGGUUGUGAAAAGUUCCCGAAAUUUCAAGAAAUUUGGCUAACCAGCCUCGAAAUCCAUAAAGAUGAUAUACCUGUGAGCAAAGUUAUUGUUGCCGACGCUAUAAGGUAUCAUCACAAAAGUGUAAGGUUAUGGAUAAAGGCAGCGGAGUUGGAGCAAGAUAGAAUAUAUAAAGUUAGGGUUUUACGAAAAGCACUUGAAUUGAAUCCUGAUUCGGAAGAUUUAUGGCUCGAAAUUACUAAACAUGAGAAAGACACUGAGGUUUGUAUAAAAAUGUUAGAAAAAGCUACUUCACUAGUUCCACAAUCGGUUAGGUUGUGGGAAGCUUUAGCAAGUUUGCAAAAACCAACGGAAUCAAUGAAAAUAUUAAUAUCAUCUACAGAAGUUAUCCGCAAAGAAAGUGUGAGCUCUAUUUGGCUAAAAAUAGCAGAAAUAGAGGAAAAGCACUCAUCAAAUGAAUUGAAAAUUGCGAAAUAUGUUUCCAAAUCGUUUGAAACAGCUGGCGAGUGUCCAUUGCAUGAUUGGAUUAUGAGAGCAGAGCUAUCUGAGGACACUUCACAUGAAUUAACUUGUCGUGCAAUUAUUUAUCAAGCUCUAGAAAACACUAGUGAAGAUUUUAAUACCUUAAUUGCUCUUUCGGAAAAGAAAUUGGAAAACAACCAUUUCAUAACAGCAGAUUCUAUCCUUAUGUUUAUCACAUCAAGGGAUUCUAGUAACGAGAAGGCAUGGAAUGCAUUGUUCAAGUUGAAAAGAGAUAAUGGAGACUAUAAAGGGUUGUUUCUGGCAUAUGAGCUGGCAAUUUCCGCCAACCCAGAAAACCCCGAUAUUUAUCUGGAUUAUCUUAAUGAUAGGCUAAAGUAUGACACCGACACUGGAAGUAUACGAACCAUUAUCUCAAGUGCGCUUAAUGCGAUCCCUGCUAGUGAAAAGUUGUGGCUGUUUGCCAUAAGUUUUGAAUCAAGGUGUGGGACGCAGCAGGUAUGCCAAGAUCUUUUUGACUUUUGUAUGAAAACCUUGAAGGAGCCAACUAUCGACAUCUGGGUUGAAAAGAUACGAUUUGAAAGAAGACUACAAGACCUUUCUGCUGCCCAAGAUUCGAUUAACAAGGCGCUGAAUAAAUUCCCUGACAGUCCAUCUCUAUAUAUGGAGAAGGCCAAUUUGCUAGACUCUUUAGGAAGACUCGAGGAGUCUAAACAGACUCUGUAUGACGGAAUUACCAAUUGCAAGAACAAUGAUAUGCUAUUUAUUGCGCUGGCAGAUUUGUACUUUGAAAAACUUAACAACAUUUUGAAAGCAAGAUCAGUUUUGGAUCAAGCCUUAGCAUGCCACUCAAAGUCCGAGAAACUACAUCAUUCGAGAAUUAAGCUUGAAAUGAAGAGCGGAAACAAAGAUCAUGCAAAAAGGCUACUAUUUAAGGCCUUGAACUUGGUGCCAACGUCCCCUCUAUUAUGGAGUGACAACAUAAGACUAGCAACAAAGCAACAACUUAAAAACAUGUAUGUUUUAGCAUUAAAAAAGACGAAUGAUGACCCGCUCAUUAUUCUGACUAUUGCCAAGGAUUUGUGGAAAUCGGGGAAAAUGGAUCGUGCCAACCAAUUUUUCAAGGCAUGUUUAGAAAAAGAUCCAAAGUUAGGGGAUGCUUAUAUUUUUUACUAUGCAUUUUUGCUAGCAAACGGUAGCAGAGAUGAAAUGAAAGCAUUGGAAAGCCAGGCGGUGGAAAAUUUGAGCUUGCAUGGACGGCGCUGGGAAUUCAUCGUUGAUCACAAUCGAUAUAGGGAUGUUCCUGAGCUACAAUUGCUAAGGGAAGCUGCAGUGGAUGUUUCAAAACUAAAUCAUUGA